CAUUAACUGUGUGUAGACGUGGUUUUAUGGUAAUAGGGUGUUACAAGGGAAAUUAAAAAAAUUUUCCUUUUGUCAAUCUGGUAACAUUAUAAAUCAGGCGUUCAAUAAAUGGAAGUGUGAUUGCAUCACAGUCAUAUAAUUAAAGCUUGAUAAUGGCCUUUCGAAACUGGUUCUCACUUCCUGUUGUUCGAGCCGAUGACGAAGAGGAGUUAGUGGACCCUCAAGCAGCCCUAAGAGAAAAAUGCCAAUCUAAAGGCCAUAUUGAAUCCUUGUACAAUAAAUACCAAGAAUGCAAUGAUCGAGUGAACGGGCGAUCUAAGACAACUGAAACUUGCAUGGAGGAAUUAUUUGACUACGUUGCUGAAUUGGAUCAUUGCGUUGCUCACAAUCUUUUCUCUAAACUAAAGUAACUGAGAAUGAAGGCAUAUUUAUCAAUAGCACUGUUUGAAACUAAAUGCUUAAAAAUUUUAACUUAAAUAAACAAUUUUUUUGAACAAUGUA